AUGGCUCGUUGCAACAUAUUAAUUUCCCUUACUUUAAUUCUUCUAGUUUUAGUUUCUUAUGCCCCUACCUUUGAAGCAAGAAUUAAGCUAUUGAAGAAUAUGGAGGAGAAAAAUAUUGAUCCUUCUCAAGAUGCCAGUGUACUAUUGAGUUCCCUUCCCAAAGGUCACGCGGUCCCUCCUUCUUCUCCAAGUGAUAAAGGCCAUGUGGAGCUUGAUCGGAAUAUGGAGUUAGUUCCUAGUCCUGGUAUUGGAAAUUGA